UUCCGUGUACGAGAUUAUUUUUAUUGCUCCGUACAACACAAAAAUUUUUCCUCCACGGAAAAUUUAUUCCUUCAUUUUUUAUUCGUCGUUCGUGAUAAAUAUUCAUUUAAUUUCCCGCAAAAAACGAACGAAAACGCAGGAAAAAAGUCUGACGUGUAAAAGUCGCCGGUGCGUAAAGAUCGCCGUGAAACAGAGAGACGAGUACGAGAAGUGGCCCAUCAUCGCAAUUUACUUCAUCAUCGAUAUCGCGCUACCAUGAAAAUUCACUUUCGUGAAAAAUAUGGGCGCGGAGAGGAGACGUUGUACGUGAAGCCAACAGACAGCUUGAAUGUCGUUCAAGUCAACCUCAAAGGCGAAAUUCCCGUCGCUCGACGUUCCUUCAGUCUCGUGCAGUUGUUCAAAAAUAUCUUUUUGCCGAAGGGAUAUCCCGAUUCUGUGUCUGUGGAUUAUAUGAGCUAUCAGAAAUGGGAUACAGUUCAGGCUUUUUGCAGCACGAUAACGGGCGCCUUGUGUACACAUGCGAUUCUGAAGGGCGUCGGAGUUGGAAAUGAUACGGCAUCAGCGCUUUCGGCAACGGUGACGUGGAUUCUGAAAGAUGGAACGGGACAUUUAGGUAAAAUACUGUUCGCUUGGUGGAAAGGUUCAGAAUUGGAUAUGGAUUCGAAAAAAUGGCGCUUACGAGCGGAUAUCUUGAAUGAUAUUGCGAUGACAGCGGAAGUUUUUGUGCUGCCUUAUUACCCGCAAUACUCGACGUAUAUUCUCUGCGCAACCUCAACCGUCAAAGGAAUCGUUGGCGUCGCCGGAGGAGCAACUCGAGCCGCUCUAACGUUGCAUCACGCAUUACGAAACAAUUUGGCGGAUGUCAGUAGCAAAGAUAGCGCGCAGGAAACUUGUGUCAAUUUAGUAGCAUCUUUUGUGGGUCUCGCCAUCCUUACGCACGUGCAAAACCCCAACACGCUCACUUUUCUCUUCUUCCUCUUUACCUGCCUUCAUAUCGUCGCGAACGUGCGUGCCGUGAAAUCUGUGUGUCUCCGGACCUUCAACGAAGCCCGUUACUUGAUCGCGCUCGAGGAAUAUUUCAAAACGGGCAACAUUCUGUCGCCGGAUCGCGUGAAUCAACUCGAACGCAUCACCGUCGGACAAACAGUUUCGCUUACGCAACGCUUGCACAUGGGCGGCACAGCAAAAGCCUUAAUCGAGACAUAUCCAAACACGUACGACUUGGAAAGUAUUGUCUCGCUGUACGAUCCGCGAGAUCUUUUUAUCGUCGCUGAAGUGAAAAAUUAUCUCGCUGUUUACUUUCACAUCGAUAUACGACCCACGGAUGUGCUCAAGGCGUACUUUUUCGCCGCAUCGUAUCUGCAGGACAAGACGAAAAUCCGCGAUUUCUACUGGGAAGUACAAAAUAAAUGGAGUGAUUUCCUCAGUUUGGCACAAGGCCAAGGAUGGAACAUGUCAGCACAUUUGUUGCCCGUGGAUGAGUACCGUCUAAUUUGGCGCAUCUAAGAACGGCGUAAAAAAGAUGCCCUUGUUGAUACUUUAAUCUAUUGAACGCGUUGUCACGAAACGACAGAAACAACGAAAGUUUUGAUAGGGUUGCCACGAAAUUUUAAAAUUUUUAUAGAAGCACGAACAAAAAUUUAAAAUUAGAACAACGCACGCUUUAACAAAAAAAAAUAAUUUUGAUAAAAUAUUUUAUACUUAGAAUUUUGGACGAUUCGAACUUUUUUUUAAACUUUGAUCGAAGUUUUCUUUUAUAAAGAAAUAGCAAUUUUAGAAGCUGCCUGUGUAGAGAAUAAUAGAAAA